UUUCUCUGAGUCUUAGAUGGUGUGCAAUGGGACAGUAGCUACAGCACAGCAAUUCGUUCUGGAGACUACUACAUGUUUGAAGAUGACUCGGACGAGGACACCAUUUCCACGGACAUCCAUCUUGGCAGGGAUGAGGAUGAAGAUGAAGGGACGGAGGAGGAGGACAGGAAACCAGGACCAAUGGAGUUGCUGACCACGGCACUGGAGCAGGGUACAGGGGCGGCCCUGGACAAGGCACAGGUGCCCACAGAAGGGGAACACACAGGAGAGGAACAGCCCCCAGGUCAGUCAGGCACUGAGGAUAGUGCCACAGGGCCCAGCACCACUCAGACUGGCGCCAGCGGUGCUGAUGGUGGCCGUGGUGGUGGUGGUGAGGAUGGAGCAGAGGAGGAAGAGGAGGAAACAGAAGCAACAAAAUGGCAGAAAGUGAAGAACUACUUGAAGUUGGGUGUUGCCUUCUUUGGAAGUCUUCUGGAUUCCUUCAUCAACCUGCUGAAUGACAUCUCACGGGACUACAGACUGGUGGCACGCAUUCUAGAGCGCGAAAAGGACCAGAAGAAGGAAGAAAUAAAAGUAAGGAAUCAUGGAGGAAGGGAGAUGGAAGACUCAACCAGAGCUGAUCAAUCAGAUGAAGAAGCUGUCAGGAAACCUGCAGAAGUGAGAAUUGAAGUGGAGCCGAGCAGUGCUAGAGACAACAUGACAUUGGUGCAUUUAGAGACGCUAGAGCAACAAGCCUUUGAUGACCUAGAAUACCUGGAACGCCACUCCAGAAUUUACCGCCUUCUUAGCGCCCUCUAUACGGCCAUCAUCUCGCGGACAGAGCUCCUGUGCUACUUCUUCAUGAUCCUGAACCAGAUGCUGUCGGCCAGUCUGCUGUCCCUGCCGUACCCUUUUGCUGUGUUCAUGUGGGGGAUGCUGUCUGUGCCCAGGCCAGCCAAGGUGUUCUGGAUCACCAUCAUUACCUACACAGAAGCGGUGGUGGUCCUCAAGUACCUGUUCCAGUUCGAGUUCUUCCCCUGGAACUCUGAGGUCUUGGUUCACAAGGAUGACGUGUUUUGGCCGCCCAGGAUCCUGGGAAUUGAGAAGAAGGAUAACUACGCCACCGUGGACCUGUUUUUACUGCUUAUACUCUUCAUACAUAGAUCUGUGCUGAAGGGUUAUGGACUGUGGAAAGAUGAGCAGAGUCUUGAGGAAGAUUUCCGCAAGGCUGAAGCCAGUGAGAGAAGCCACCCGGGCUCCCCUGAAGACGAGAAUGUGACCCUGAGCACAGAAGCUGGUGCUGCUAGUGAUGAGAAGGAAAGCAGCGGGGAGACUGCGGCUGAAGAGGAUGAGCAAGGGGAGGAAGAGGGAGAGGAGGAGGAGGAGAUGUUGGAUGAAGAGGAGGAGGAAGAGACAAAGAAGAAGAAAAAGAAGAAAAGAAAGAGGAAGCCCACCAUGUCAUGGACCAAGUCAGUGAAGGAGUUCUAUCAGAAUAUGACCAAUCCUCUAUACAAUGCCACGGCAGAUGCCUAUGCUCCCAUGUUUGCCUGUGACUUCAUUAACUUCCUCAUCAUCAUGUUUGGGUACUGGGCAUUUGGACCACCUACUGCAGCCAGUGGGGAUGCCUCCAGUGUGGCUACAUAUAUAUCAGAAAACAGGAUCCCAUGGCCAUUCCUGGUCAUGCUGAUUGUCCAGUUUGUCCUGAUAGUGGUGGACAGAGCUCUGUACCUGAAGAAGGACGUGUUUGGCAAGUUUGCGUUCCAGAUUAUCCUGGUCCUGGUGCUACAUAUUUGGGUAUUCUUUGCUCUGCCUGCUAUCACUGAAAGAAAAUUUGUAGACAAUGUCCCAGCUAAUCUAUGGUACUUUGUGAAGUGUGUUUACUUUGGGUUGUCUGCCUAUCAGAUCAGAUGUGGCUAUCCGACCAGAAUCCUGGGCAACUUCCUCACCAAGUCCUACAACUACCUCAACCUCUUCUUAUUCAAAGGCUUUCUGGCCAUCCCGUUCUUGCUGGAGUUGCGUGCUCUGAUGGACUGGAUCUGGACAGACACCACCCUGGCGCUGGGCAGCUGGCUGCAGAUGGAGGAUAUCUACGCCAAUAUCUACGUCCUCAAGUGCUGGAGGACUGCAGAAGAUAAAUACCCCACACCUAGAGGCAACCCACGGCGAGCGAUAGUGAAAUACGGAUUUGGUGGCUUGGUGCUUUUCCUCAUCAUCUUCAUCAUCUGGUUCCCGCUGGUCCUCUUCUCCUUCGCCAACACUGUAUACCUGCCCAACCCUCCCAUAGAGUGCAGGAUCUCUGUGGAGCUGGCAGGAUAUCUGCCCCUGUACCAGAUGAAUGCCCAGCCGGGCCAGAUCUACCAGUUCACAGACCAGGAUUACAGGACACUGCAGGAUAACUAUAAAAUGGAUAACGAUGUCCAAGCAUUCCUGAGUAUCUAUGAGGCCAAGGAUACAGUGAGGAUAGAAGUCCUGGGGACGUCCACCGCCACCUGGGCCAUCAGCCCACCCACCAUGAUGGACAUGGUGAAGGACCUGAACGACACGAAGAAGGACAUCAAGAUCAGGCUGAAGGUGGAGAUGAUCAGGGAUCCAAAAAAAGGCCAGUCAGCCAACAUCAUCAGUCAGUGGUUUGAGCGGCCACUCAAUAAAAGUCAAAGAAUCGAACUUGCAAGGAUUGUUAAUACUAGUAAUACAUUUGGAAGUUUGGGCAGUAUAUAUGUGUUGAGGCUCCUUCCAAAGUUUCUCCAAGUCCCUGUGAAUGGACGACCAUCAGAAGUCCGUGCUCUUAAAGAAGGAAGUCCUCUCCCCACCAACAUCAGCCUGACCCUGAAGAGAGGGGACGUCUUCAACAAUGAGAGUACCAGUGCUGAGUGGUGGGAGGUUCAGGAGUUUGUCAGAGGGAGAUACAACCUGAACUCAAAUGACAAACUGGUUAGAAGAGAUUACCUGACACUGGUGGCCUUCAGUGAGAGGGUGGCACCUCCUGGGUUUGAUUUGCUCACAGGAUAUGGCAUCAUCGGCCUGUAUCUCUCCUUCAUUCUGGUCAUUGGACGAAUCUUCCGCUACAGCACCACUGGGCUUCUUUCUUGGAUUAUGUUCCGAGAACUGCCAUACGUGGAUCGAAUUCUCAGCCUCUGUUUGAAUAUCUACCUUGUACGUGAGAUGAAGGAUUUCAAGCUGGAAGAGGAGUUGCUGGCAAAGUUGUUGUUUGUGUAUCGUUCUUCAGAGACGAUGAUUAAAUGGACACGUCGACCCAAGCAGGAUUAACAACUGCCCAUCACAUUGAAAUUUAUAGAUAUGAGUCAAAUGUAGUUUGAAUCACAAGGUUGAUUCUAAUUGUUUGCUUAAAACUACUAUUGUUUAAAGAAAGUUUUAGAAAGAUUAAACGGCAGCUGAGCUCUAUUUAUAACUUACACAGUUUUAUUAUAAGAUAUUAGUCUCAUUUCUAAUGUUUUUACACGGUUUUUGUGUGUGCCUUUUUUCUUUUGAACUCUUUUCUUCCUUUAAUAUGUUGAGUAAAGGUUAUUUCUUCCAACAUAUUCAGUGGAUAUUCUGUAGGUUUUAUAAAAAAAUGUAAAAAUAGUUAUUAGUUUAUUAAUAACUAUUUAAGAAAGAAUUUUUCUGCUUUUGACACCAUUGUAAUGUUUAAGGUAUGCUCAUCAAAUUUGACUCUCUGAUUAUCAGUCCUAAGCUUUGUUAACUUUUGACUUAGAUUGUUCUUUUCUAUUUUGACACUCAUUAGAGAAAGGAAUAUCAGUAUUUGUCCUUAGUAUCUCCAUAAGUAAAUGAAUGAUCACACAGAAGUGCAUUUUAAAUUGUUACAGAAAAUUUUGUUAACAUGUGCUGUAGAUAGACACUUGCAAUAUUCUAUAACAUGUAAACUCCAAAAACUGUCAUUAAUGGCAGUGUCUUAAACUG